AUGACCACCAACAGUUCCGCCCUCUACCUCUCCAACAGUACCUGCUACUUCGGCGCCGGCCAACUCGCAUUCCCCGCCUUCAUCCCCUGCGGCAACGCCGCCACAAACGGCCACCACGCCUGCUGCUACUCGAACGACUUCUGCCUCUCAUCAAACACUUGCUGGGACAACACCACCGUCGUCACCUACAUCGCCGGCUGCACGGACCCCCUCUUCCGCGCGAGCACGUGUCCAUAG